AUGAAAAUUCACGUGUUUGUUUACAAUAUUGUAUUUUUUUGUAUUAUUGCUAUUAUUCAAAAUAUUCACGCAGAAAGAUUUUCUCAACUUUCCAAUUCCACUUUUUGGAAUAUAAUUCAAACCAAUCCUAAAUUACCACUUACUACUAAAUCUACUUCUAUUAAUUCCACUUAUCAUAUUAAUGAUACAUCAACAAUAAAAGCUGAAAUUUUUAUUAAAUCAUUUGAUAAUCAAUUUUGUCUUUCGAAUAACAACGGUGGUGAAAUUCAAGUUUGUCCUUGUGAUAAUAAUAAUAUCAAUCAAAAAUGGUCAUUUGAUCAAGAAAAGUCAAAGUUAACCAAUAAUGCUAAUCGAUGUUUGACGAGGAUUGAUAAUCGUUUCGAGUUAAACGAAUGUCAAAAUAACUCUGAUUCUCAAUCUUGGAAUAUAUAUGAUGUUGUUCCAAAUGCAAUUAAGAUUUACGCAAAUCCAUCAUUCUCUGGCAAUUAUACAUUACUUCUCGUCAAUAAUUAUACUUCUCAAGACCUUCCUUAUUCAAUAUUCUCAUCACCAUUUUCCAUCGAAAUACCGACCGGAUUUCAAUUUAUAAUACAAAGAAAUAAUAAUAAUUCAUCAAUUUACACUUCAGACUUGGCAUUUGUUGAUAAGAUUAAUGAUUUAUCAACAACAAUUAUUAUUAAACUUUUACCAGGAAUGAUUGUUUAUGAACAACCUAAUUAUUUUGGGGCCAGUAAAUUUUAUUACGGUAGACAUUUAAUUUCUUCUAAAAUCGGAUCUAUUAUGAUAGACAAUGAUUUUCGUGGUGUAUUAUGGUCCAAUUCUAAUUUUUCCGGGAGUAAUACGGUAUUUUUUGAAGCAAUUCCUAAUUUCUUUGGAAAUAAUGUAGAUGGGUAUGUUUACGGUGAUACUACAUGCCAAAUUAGUGGAGGUUGUGGAUUUGGUGGAUUUUGUGGAUCCAAUAAUGUUUGUGAAUGCUAUGCCGGUUUCGGUUUUGAUGGUGAUGGUAAACGAUGUGAUCAAUGUCAACCAGGUUUUUGGGGACCAAACUGUACAGUAUGUGAAAAUGGUACUCGUGAAAAUAAUAAUUGUAAAUGUAAAAAAGGUUGGAAAACUGGUACCGAAGGAAAAUGUACAGAAUGUGACAAAGGAUUUCAUUUAUUUGAGAAUGAUUGUAUAUCAUGUCCAUAUGGUUGUGAAACUUGUGAUGGGGACGGAAAAUGCAAUGAAUGUAAAUCGGGAACUGGUUGCGCUCCGUGUGAUAGUUCUUGUGUUAGUUGUUUUAGUGGUGGUGAAUUUGGCUGUUUAUCUUGUUCUAAUGGACGUGUUUACUCUAAUGGUCGUUGCGUUAAGCCCGCUGAAUGUGUGAAUGAGACUUUCGUUAACUCUAACAAAACCUUUUGUAAUCCAUGUUCGAAUGGAUGUCAGAGUUGUCAUUCCGAGGGGAAAUGUUCAAAAUGUUUCGAGGGAUAUAUUCUGGAUGAAGAAAAAUGUGUUAAAACUUGUCCGGACGGAAAAUUUAAAAAUCAAACUAUUUGUUCAGCUUGUGAUCAAGCUUGUAAUACAUGUAACGGUCCAUCAUCCGAACAAUGUUUAUCCUGCGCUGACCCAAAACAAUCUGCGUAUAAUGGUACAUGUUCAACAACUCCUUGUCCUUCAUCUUAUUUUUUAGUGAAUACAACUUGUACCAAAUGUCAUCCAGAAUGUUUAGAAUGUUCAGGAAUUAAAUCAAAUCAAUGUAAAAAAUGUCCACCUUCUCGUCCAAUAUUAACUCAAGAUAAUUUUUGUGUGGAAACUUGCCCUAAAGGAAAAUUCGUUGAUAGUUCAGGAAAAUGUGAACCAUGUCAUUCAUCAUGUUCUUCAUGUAUUGGAUCUCAAAAAUGUUUUGGAUGUGCAGAGAAAACUAAAUUUUUAGUGAAUGUUAAUUCUAAUGACACAAUUCCUGGACGACAAAGAAAAACCGAAGAGUUUGCAAAGAACAUUGAUGGAAAUGAUGUAAGGAAUAAAAUGAAAGAACUUUUUCCACCAGUAACAAAACAAUUAUCUAAACCUAAAAAAUCUCAUUCAAAAUCAUCACCAAAAUCAUCGUCACCCGAACCAUUAUCAAGAUCGCGUUCAUCAUCAAUAGGAUCAUUUGAAAUGAUUGAUAAGUCAGGAUAUGUAUGA